CAUACCUCUAGCCAGCAGAGAUAUCAAACAUCCAGGAAGCCUGCCAGUCCCUCAGGCCACCACCAGAAAUGAUCCCAACCCUGCUGUGGGUCAGCUCUCCGGUUUCCAGAGAGAAAGAGGACACGAUGGAUGACAGGACUGCCUCUGAACAGGACGGAGUCCCCGCCACAUCAGGGCAUGGCCAGGGGCUGAAAAAGGAGCCCUGUUUCCAAAGAGACUCUUCGUUGCCUUCUCCCAGCGUGUCCCUGAUAUCACAGCUCCUCGGCCACACGAUGGUUAGCAGGGGCCUGGAUCCUCACGUCCUUUCGCCUUCCUGCCUGGUGGCAGACCUGCUUGAGGACUAUAGGGCUGGUGCCUCUCCUGGGGAAGGAGAGCAAGCCCUGGCUCUGCCCCGGCCCUGUGCCCCCGCUCCCCUGCCUUGGGCCGGCCACGGAGAGCACCUGUGGGCCAAGCGGGCCAGGGUGGAGAGCAUCAUCCAAGGCAUGACCCUCCCGACAUGGGACACUGGUGAAGAGAGAGGUGGCGGGCACGACAUGGACGGGGGCCGCGAGACACCGCGGGAGAGCAAGAGGAAGCCGAGGGUGCCCCAGCAGCAGCGGGGCGACGGGGUGGUCCGGCGGGCGGCCCCCGGCGGCGGCAGCUCCCCGGCGCGGGGCUGCCAGCAGCUGAAGGAGCAGCUCCGCUUCCUGGAGCAGCAGCUGGGGCAGCUCCAGGAGAAGCUCUUCCAGCUCUGCGACCCGGGAGGUGCUGCUCACAGCCAGGACGGCUCCGAGGAAGCACAUCCUCCGCACGGAGAGUCCAGAGGCAGAGCCGGCCGGGCCAGGGCCGCCGCGGCCAGGGGAGCGCGCUGCUGGGGGGGCGUCCCGGAGGCGGCGGGGCGCGAAGGGCCGGAGCAGCAGCAGCAGCAGGAGCGCCCUCAUCGCGGGUCCGGCCGGCGGCUCGGGGCCGUGCGGCCUUCUGCCGGCGUCCAGGCUGCGCGGAGACGGUCCUUGACUCCGAGCCGCAUCCAGGAGGUGCUGACCCCCGGCCACCUGAAGAAGGCCAAGCUGAUGUUCUUCUUCACCCGCUACCCCAGCUCCGCCCUGCUGAAAUCCUACUUCCCCGACGUGCAGUUCAGCCGCUGCAUCACGUCCCAGCUCAUCAAGUGGUUCAGCAACUUCCGCGAGUUCUUCUACAUCCAGGUGGAGAAGUUUGCCCGGCAAGCCCUGCUGGAGGGCGUCGCGGACGCCGAGGCGCUGAGGGUCUCGCGGGGCUCGGAGCUCUUCCGCGCGCUCAACGCGCACUAUAACAAGGGCAACGACUUCGAGGUGCCCGCGCGCUUCCUGGACGUGGCCAGCCUGGCGCUGCAGGAGUUCUUCCGCGCCGUCAGGGCGGGCAAGGACGCCGACCCCUCCUGGAAGAAGCCCAUUUACAAGAUCAUUUCGAAGCUGGACGGCGAGAUCCCGGCGGCGUUUAGAUCAUCCGGCUGCUCCCGGGAACUGCUCAGGAGCUGAAUCCCCCCCCCGCGG